AUGGCAGGCAAAAAGGGUGCCGAGAACUCCAAGAAGGCUGCGGGGAACGCUCGCAAAGCCGAAAACGCCGCAAAGAAGCAAGCCGUUGAGGACUCGAAGCGUGCUGCCGAGGAGGAUAAGCAGUGGUCCAAGGGAUCGAAGAGCGCUGCUAAAAAGGAGGACGCCGAAGCCAAAAAAGCCGAAGCAGCCCGCAAAAAGGCCGAGCGCGACGCCCUGCUCGCCGCCGAAGAGGCCUCUCAACCCUCCAAGCCCAAAAACACCAAAGCCGCCACGAAGAAGAACGCCGCCCCCGCACCCUCCCGCAAACUCGACCUCUCCCAACUCGACGACGACACGCCCAGCAAGUCCUCCUCGGCCCUGAACGCCUCGGGCAUCGACAACGCUCUCGACGCUCUCUCGCUCACGGGCCGCGACACGGGCAAGAUCGACCGGCACCCCGAGCGCCGGUUCAAGGCUGCGUAUGCGGCGUAUGAGGCGAGGAGGUUGCCAGAGAUUGAGGCGGAGAACCCCGGGCUUAGGCGGAACCAGCGCGUGGAGCUUGUGAAGAAGGAGUUUGAGAAGAGUGAGGAGAAUCCGUUUAACCAGGUGCAUGUUGCGUUUGAUGCUUCGCGGGAUGAGAUUGCGGCUGUGAGGGAUGCGGAGAGGAAGAAGGUGGAGGCGAGGCUUACGAAGUAG